AUGUUCUCUUUGUCUUUUCAUUGUCUGCGAUUGCUUUUUUUCUUCGCUUUCGUUCCUUUUUUCUUGUCGCUUCAUUCUUUCCUUUUCAUCCACAAUCUCUUUUCUGUUAUUCUCACUUUUUCUUUUCUUCUUCUUUUUUUCUCAUACCUUCGUUCCUCCUUUUUUUUAGCCUCACUAGUUUUUCCGUGUUUCUUUCUUCUUUCUUUUUUUUUUUUUUUUCUUAUUUUUAUGUUUGUUUCAUUUCUUUUUCUUCUUUUAUCGACUUGGAGAAUUUUAUUUCUUUUGUCUUUCCUCUUUGUCUUUUUCUUAUUUAUCUUCUUUCUUUUCUUUUCUUUCUUAUGUAACCCUUCUUUUUGCCACUCUUUUGGUUUCUUCUCCUUUCUUUUUCGUUGGUCUCUCUUUAUUUUUCUACACUUUUCCUUUUUUUUCAUACGUUUCCUUCUUCCUUUUCCUUACUUCGCUUUGCAUUUUUCUUUCUUUGUCUUCUUCUAUUUUUGGCCCUCUUUCUUGUUCUUUCUUUACAACUCUCUGCCUUUUAUCUUUCCUUUCUUACUUUUUUGCAUCCUUAUUUUUCUAAUUAUUUCUUCACCUUUUUCUUCAUUUACGUUUCAUCUCCUUUUUCUUUCUUCAAAUUUUACUUUGAAUUUUUGUUUCUCUUUUAUCUUCCCAAACUAUUUCUUUUCUCUCUCUCUCUCUCUCGCGUGCCAUCUACCUAUCUAUUUAUUUAUCUAUAUGUCUGUUUCUUUCUUCUGUUUCCCCACCAUUUUUGUCUUUCCUCCAUUAUUUUUCUUUCGAUUUUUCUCUUUGUUUCUUUCUCCUGUUUUCCACCAUCAUUGCGUAUUUCUGCAACGAGAUUCCUUCAAUAGGAACCCCCCACCCCCGACUUGGCCAAUCCCGCCGACUCCACUAAUCAUAGCCGUAAGAAUCUGA